GCCAUGUCGGUGAGGCUGCGGUUCCUGUCCUCCGGGGACGCGGGGGCCGUGGGCGUCGUGGGCCGGAGCGCCUCCUUCGCGGGCUUCAGCAGCGCGCAGAGCCGGAGGAUCGCAAAGUCCAUCCACGGGAACUCGGUGAGGUCUCGAAUGCCUGCAAAAUCCUCCAAGAUGUACGGCACGCUGCGGAAGGGGUCUGUCUGCCCGGACCCCAAGCCGCAGCAAGUGAAGAAGAUCUUUGAAGCACUCAAGAGAGGCCUCAAGGAGUAUCUGUGCAUCCAGCAGGCCGAGCUGGAUUACCUGUCAGGUCGCCACAAGGACACCCGCAGGAAUUCGAGGCUGGCUUUCUAUUAUGACCUGGACAAGCAAAUGCGCUCUGUGGAAAGGCACAUCCGGAAGAUGGAGUUUCACAUCAGCAAGGUGGAUGAACUCUACGAGGGCUACUGCAUCCAGUGCCGCCUGCGAGAUGGUGCCUCCAACAUGCAGAGGGCCUUCUCCAGGUGCCCGCCCAGCCGCGCCUCCCGAGAGAGCCUGCAGGAGCUGGGCCGCAGCCUGCAGGAGUGCACCGAGGACAUGUGGCUCAUCGAGGGGGUCCUGGAGGUUCACCUGGGAGAGUUCCACAUCAGGAUGAAAGGCUUGGUGGGCUACGCACGCCUCUGUCCCGGAGACCAGUAUGAGGUGCUCAUGCGCCUGGGCCGCCAGCGCUGGAAGCUGAAGGGCCGGAUCGAGUCAGACGACAGCCAGACCUGGGAGGGGGAGGAGAAGGCCUUCAUCCCUGCCCUGCACGAGAACUUCGAGAUCAAGGUGACAGAGCUGAGGGGCCUGAGUUCACUGACGGUGGGCACAGUGUCGUGCGACAUCACUGACUUCUUCACGACCAGUCCGCAGGUGAUCGUGGUGGACAUCACAGAGCUGGGCACCAUCAAGCUGCAGCUGGAGGUGCUGUGGAACCCGUUCGAUACUGAGAGCCUCCUGAUGUCACCCAGCCCCACAGGCAAGUUCUCCAUGGGCAGCAGGAAGGGCUCCUUGUACAACUGGACACCCCCAAGCACUCCCAGCUUCCGAGAGAGGUAUUACCUGUCUGUCCUGCAGCAGCCAGCGCGGCAGGCUCUGCUGCUGGGGGCGCCGAGGGCCACUUCCAUCCUCAGCUACCUAUCUGACAAUGACCUUCGGGGCCCUGGCCUGCGGAGCCAGAGUCAGGAGCUGCCCGAGAUGGACUCCUUCAGCUCCGAGGACCCCCGAGACACGGAGACCAGCACAUCGGCAUCCACCUCAGACGUGGGGUUCCUGCCCUUGGCCAUUGGCCCCAACUCCUCCAUUGAAGAGGAGGCCCAGGAGGACGCCCAGCCCCUGGGCCUCCUGCCAGAGAUGGACCCCCUGGCAGAAGGCUCCUUUGUGGAGCAGCCUGGCUGGAGGAAUUUGGGAAUAGAGGGCCCCGACCUGCCACGGGGCUCCCCAUUCCACAACCAUACAGCCCCGGGUAGCCAGAAAGACCACAACGAAGGAGAAACCGAGGACAGAGUGGAUGGGCCUGAGGUGACCCUUGAGAGGCCCCUGCAAGAGGUCCUGGAUUUACUGAGGUCCGUGGACCCGGCCCAGCCGCAGCUGCGGGAGCUGGAGUACCAGGUUCUAGGCUUCAGGGACCGGCUGAAGCCUCGCGGAGCCCGCCAGGAGCACGCCUCUGCCGAGAGCCUGAUGGAGUGCAUCCGGGAGAGCUUUGCCUUCCUCAAUGCUGACCUCGCCCCACAGGACCUGUCCCUGUUUGGGGGCUGCCAGGGUCCCCGGAAGGACAGGACCCCGCCCCCGCGCAAAGCGUCAUCUGGGGAGCUCACAGCCGGCACCCCGGAGCUGGACAGGCUGCUCACGGUCCACCUUCACGUCUGCAAAGCUCUGCUGCAGAAACUGGCCUCUCCUAACCUGUCGAGGAUGGUCCAGGAGUGCCUUCUGCAAGAAGCUGCGCAGCAAAAGCAGGUUCUGGAGAUGCUUUCUGUGCUUGAUUUUGAGAAGGUCAGCAAGGCAACAUCCAUUGAAGAAAUCGUUCCGCAGGCUGCUCGGAGGAAGGGGUGCCUGAAGCUGUGGAGAGGGUGCACGGAGCCCGGCAGGGUCCUGUCCUGCCCCGCCACGACGCUGCUGAGCCAGCUCAAGAGAACGUUCCUGCACAGAGUCCGAGGGAAGUACCCGGGACAGCUGGAAAUAGCGUGCAGGAGGCUCCUGGAGCAGGUGGUCAGCUGUGGCGGGCUGCUGCCCGGAGCCGGGCCUCCCGAGGAACAGACGGUCACCUGGUUCCAGUUCCACAGCUACCUGCAGAGGCAGAGCGUCUCUGACCUGGACAAGCAUUUUGCCCAGCUCACCAAGGAAGUGACACUCGUCGAGGAGCUGCAGUGUGCGGGGCAGGGCAAGACGGUCCGGAAGCUGCAGGGGAAGCGGCUGGGCCAGCUCCAGCCCCUGCCCCAGACACUAAGGGCCUGGGCACUGCUCCAACUGGACGGGACCCCACGAGUGUGCAGGGCAGCUAGUGUUCGCCUGGCUGGCGCAGCCAGGAACAAGAACUUUCGGGAAAAGGCUUUGCUUUUCUACACCAACGCUCUGACCGAGAACGAUGCCAAACUCCAGCAGGCCGCAUGUGUGGCACUAAAACACCUCAGGGGCAUCGAAAGCAUCGAUCAGAUUGCCAGCCUGUGCCAGUCUGACCUGGAGGCCGUGAGAACAACAGCCCGGGAGGCCACGCUGUCGUUUGGUGAGAAAGGACGCUUAGCUUUUGAGAAGAUGGACAAACUCUACUUGGAACGAAGAGAAGAGGCCUUUUGCCAGGAGGCGGAUGUUGAAAUCACGGUAUUUUAA